UGCUAGACUGUAUCGAUACUCAUGAAAACUCUCUCAAACUAAUCAUACCUCUUUUAUCAAUAAAAUAUGCAAAUAUAGUUUAUCAAGUAUUAAAGGUAGAUAAAGAACACAGACAUGAUAUUAGAAAAGAAAUUAUGAUCAAUGAGGAUAAAUUAAUUGUUGAAUACCACUCUAGAAAUUUAAAAACAUUGCGUGUAGCAUCAAAUAGUAUUUUUGAUCAGAUAAGAAUAAUUCUUCAAACUAUUCAAGAAUUUGAAAUAUAAUGCACAAAAUAAAUUAUUCACUCUUUGUUGGUAAUAUACCAUUAGAAAUAACACAAGAGAGAUUAACACUACUCUUUAAUCAAACUGGAAAUGUCAAAUAUUGUUCAAUGUUUAACAGAAAAUGUUUUAUCGACUAUCAAACAGUGCUAGAAUGUGAAAAUGCGAUUAAAAAAUUUAACGGGCACGAAGUGGUACCUACCAAGAAACUUCUCGUUAAAUUUUCCGACAAUACGAAGAAGAGAUUGCUGCAGGAAAAGUACCCUGGUAUGCUUGAAUCGGCUGAAAAUUCGUCUUCCAAAGCUGCAAUAACUAAGACAAACGCGGUGCCGCCAAAAGUUAACGGACCGGGAAAGGCUCUACAAAAUAAGACGACGCUGCCUCCUAAAAAAAGCGAUCAGAUUGAAAUGGGUAAUAAUAAAAACGACAGUGAGGUAGUGAUUGGUAAUGAUGAUGCCUCUUCAGCACCCAAGCCCUGUUUUAGUAACUUGAAUUGUUUUUACGACAAAAAGGCGAAAGAAGCCCUCCCUCUAGAACUCAAUGCCAAUAAGGUAAAUUCGCUCGCGCCAAAGAAUGGCGUAAGCGACAUUAAAGGCGAUACUAAAAAUAAUUUAAACGGUACAGUAAGAGUCACUCCGAUUCCAAACAGCGAUACCAAUAUAAUUCCUCCCUACCUGAACACCAAAAGUGUUUACAAAGUCACUAACAAUGGCAUUGUAAAGGUAAAAGUGGACGAUAAUUUGGUUAGUGACGAAGAUGCUGCUUCAAACAUUUUUCCCAAAUACGUGAAAGUUGUUAAACCCCCAAACGCGGUUGAACAUGCUAAAGCUUACAACGAGACUAAAAAUAGUGAUGUCAGCGAUUGGCCAUAUAUUAAAAGUGACGAUGUUGGUAUUAACAAGGAGUUACAAGUUCUUAAAACUAAUAUUAAUGAUGAGUUGCUAACUGACAUUGAAAAUAAAAGAAUUUCCGACGACAAUAUUAGUUCGCCCAUCGUUAAAGUUUCGAAAAAUGACGAACGGCCAAUUAAUAUCGAAAAAUCGAAGAAAAACGGUUUUAAAAAUGAAGCAGACGAUUUUGUUCUUAAUGUAACAGGGGAUAGCUUCUAUAAUAUGAAGUAA